GCUGUAAGAGCUCGAGGCUGAAGGAGUUGGGGUGCGGGAGCCUCUGCGCGGCUGGGUCGCCGGGGCCUCAGAGAUGUUUUACUCAGGGCUCCUCACCGAGGGCGGCCGCAAGGAGACAGACAUGCGGGAGGCAGCGUCGCUGCGACAGCAGCGCCGGGUGAAGCAAGCUGUGCAGUUCAUCCACAAGGACUCCGCCGACCUGCUGCCCCUGGACGGCCUCAAGAAGCUGGGUUCGUCCAAGGACACGCAACCUCAUAAUAUCCUGCAGAGGCGCCUCAUGGAAACCAACCUGUCAAAGCUUCGAAGCAGUCGUGUCCCUUGGGCCUCCAAGACCAACAAACUCAAUCAGGCUAAGUCUGAGGGACUAAAGAAGUCUGAGGAUGAUGACAUGAUUUUGGUUUCUUGCCAGUGCGCUGGAAAGGAUAUGAAAGCCUUGGUUGACACAGGCUGUCAAUAUAAUCUCAUCUCUUCAGCCUGUGUGGACAGAUUGGGACUCAAGGAACAUGUCAGAUCUCAUAAGCAUGAUGGAGAAAAGCUUUCUCUACCCCGGCAUCUUAAAGUAGUGGGCCAGAUUGAGCACCUAGUGAUUACACUGGGUUCCCUCCGCCUGGACUGCCCAGCAGCUGUGGUUGAGGACAAUGAAAAAAACUUGUCCCUUGGUCUACAGACUCUUCGAUCCCUGAAGUGUAUCAUAAACUUGGAUAAGCAGCGGCUGAUCAUGGGGAAGACAGACAAGGAAGAAAUCCCUUUUGUGGAGACAUUUUCUUUGAAGGAAGACAACACUUCAGAAGCAUAACUACAGCCCUGAGCAUGUCUGCACAUGUGCACACACACCAGGUUGACAGAAUGAGAAAACUGGGUUUGAACCAAAUGCUGCAGCAACUUGCUGUGGACCAAGUCCUUCCCUCUAAUAGAAGCUCCAGGGGCUCCUUCCCACUAAGACUUCUGUAGACUAUAGUCUGUGCUUAGAGAUCUUGUCUGGUUAUAGGCAUUGUUUUUUACUCCUUUAAUCCUUUAAUUUAUAGACCCUUUUUGACACUGCCAGGUCUCACUUGUGGCCCAUUUCUCUGCUUCUUCCAGGAAUUUGCUUUUAUUAGCCAAGUAUAGGGGCUGCCAGGUUAUUUUACUCCAUACACUUGCUUCCUUUCCUAUAGCUAAGUGUAUAAUAAAUAGGAACCUGACCUUUACCUCCCUUCCUCUGUUCCAGAGAGGUGCAAGAUACCUAUGUCUUGGAAUUAGAAUUUUUUCUAAUUUAUUCAUUGACUUAUCAGUCAAGUAUUAAUUGAUCUGAGAGAUCCCAAUCCCAGAGAGAUCAUCUAGCUCAGCUCUUUCCUUAAAUGUCCAAAGAGGCAAGGGAAUUGUCUAAGUUUAUAUAUUAGGUCAGUGCCAGAAGGCAUCUAGAAUCCCAUGUUGACUUCUAAGCCAAGGCUCCCAUGCUGCCUCAUUUGUCUUCAAGCCUUAACAGGAGGGCAAAAGGUGAGAGUGAGU